AGCCACGAACGAGAACGGGUCGGCUAAAAACGUUCUUACGCCAUACAGGAAAUCCUUUUUUGUGUGAUGCAAAAGAGCAAAGAGAAGGGGGAGGAAGAAAAAAAGUCCAGUGCUGAACUGUUCCAAGUCCUUUAGAUAGGGAAAAAAAGGAUCUUGAUCCCAGCUUUCCGCGGUUGAAAAAAGUUUGUGUGUGUGUUUGAAAACGUGUGUUAGAAGAACAGGACAAAGCGGAAAGAAAAUUGAUCGAGAAAAUUGACUCGGAAAUCAAAAUCCUUCUAGUAUUCUACUAUCCGUGCGUGUGUGUGUGUGUAAGCAAAUAUUCGCCUCUCGAAUUUUGCUUCAAUUUUGGAAAACCAAGGGGACACAGACUAUCCCCAAUUCUAGAUAUCCGAUGCUUAUUUAAAAUAAAAAUAGAAUAUUUCGCAAUGUGUAUAGAAAUUUAAUAAUAAAAAAAGAGUGUGCAGCGAAAAGCUAAAGUUUAUUGGAAAAUCGAUUUCGGAAAACACACACCAGUGUUCACUACAAGAAGUGCGUCACUUUCGUGGAAUCAGGAAAGAAGAGAAGGAAGCGAGCGGAAGGAGAUUCCCAGCUUUUUAGUGUGCUUAGCAAUUUUCCGAAUAUAGAAAGUGUGAAAACCAGUAAUUCUGGAUACAGUGUGUGUGCAUCUCUAAAGAAAAAGAAAAACCUUGUACCGUGAAACCGUGAAGUGACCAGUCCGGGUCCAGUUUUUUCUUCAUUGUCAUCGGAGUACGGAUCAAAGCCCAAAUCAAUGAUUCUUGCAGCGGAAGGAUAGAUGCGUCAUUUUCAACAUGACGCCGUGUAUAUUACUGUGAUCUGUGGAACGAGAUUCAUGAGCCUCAUACCGUCGCUGACGUUGUCCACGUGAUGACUGGCAUCGGUCGCGGGCCGAAUCUCGUGAUUCCUACUGUAGUUACUGUCGUAUUUGCUCUAACUCUAGUAGCUGAAAGUUGAAAGUGUGCAGUUGUGUUUUUGGUUUUGUUUGAUUUUGUUUUUAUCGGCCGAAAUAUUUGUGCUAUCUUAGUGUGUGUUUGUGAAACCUUAAAAUCAUUGAAAGCCGUUAAAAGGAAGAAAAAAAAACAAGAGAAGGUGCAAUUUAACCGCAAAACCGAAGAGUCAUCCCACGAGUUCUAGCUCAACUCAACCGUUCGAUGUGAUAACUCACAUUCGGAUCUCCAAACACGGGCUGUCAUGAAAAAUUUCGCCAUUGCACGAAUUGUGUUGAGUUUCAGCUGCGACAGUGCUGCCGCCGCGAUAGAACUCGCUGCGUCUGUGAACUUUGUUUGUGUCACAGGACGGCCCACCGUCCAAACUAGUUCCUGGGGCCCGAGUCAAAAUCUGGCCGCACCUAGUGCGUGCCCACAUCGUGCCCCCUCAACAACACACCACUGUUAGCAGGCCUUGGAAAUCUGAGGCUCUCAUUGUUGGCCAUAUAGACAAUGACCGAAGACUCCGACCAGAUAUCUGAGGAAGAACGUAGUUUGUUCCGUCCUUUCACCCGUGAAUCAUUACAAGUCAUUGAGAAACGCAUCGCAGAUGAAGAAGCAAAACAGCGCGAAUUGGAAAAGAAGCGAGCCGAGGGGGAGAAUGGUUUUGGUCGGAAGAAAAAGAAGAAAGAAAUACGCUACGACGACGAGGAUGAGGAUGAAGGUCCCCAGCCGGAUCCCACACUUGAGCAGGGAGUGCCAGUCCCUGUUCGAAUGCAGGGCAGCUUCCCUCCGGAAUUGGCCUCCACGCCUCUCGAGGAUAUCGACGGUUUUUACUCGAAUCAAAGGACAUUCGUAGUAGUUAGUAAAGGAAAAGAUAUUUUUCGUUUCUCCGCAACCAAUGCAUUAUAUGUACUAGAUCCGUUCAAUCCUAUACGUCGUGUAGCUAUUUAUAUUUUAGUACAUCCACUGUUUUCACUUUUUAUAAUAACAACCAUUCUUACUAAUUGUAUAUUGAUGAUCAUGCCUACCACGCCGACAGUCGAAUCUACCGAGGUGUUAUUCACCGGCAUCUACACGUUCGAAUCAGCUGUAAAAGUGAUGGCGCGAGGUUUCAUAUUACAACCGUUUACUUAUCUUAGAGAUGCAUGGAAUUGGUUGGACUUCGUAGUAAUAGCAUUAGCAUAUGUAACUAUGGGUAUAGAUUUGGGUAAUCUCGCUGCAUUGAGAACAUUCAGGGUACUGCGAGCUCUCAAAACAGUGGCCAUCGUUCCAGGUCUCAAGACCAUCGUUGGCGCUGUCAUAGAGUCCGUAAAGAAUCUCAGAGAUGUGAUAAUUUUAACAAUGUUUUCGUUAUCGGUGUUUGCUUUAAUGGGUCUGCAGAUCUACAUGGGCGUGUUGACGCAGAAGUGUAUCAAGGUGUUCCCGAUGGACGGCUCCUGGGGGAAUCUAACCGAUGAGAACUGGGAGCAGCACAACUCAAACGAUAGUAACUGGUAUAAAACGGAAAGUGGAGACAUGCCUCUUUGUGGGAACUCGUCGGGUGCUGGACAAUGUGAAGACGGAUAUAUGUGUUUACAAGGUUAUGGAGAUAAUCCAAAUUACGGGUAUACAAGUUUUGAUACUUUCGGAUGGGCAUUCUUAUCUGCCUUUCGUCUAAUGACCCAAGAUUAUUGGGAGAAUUUAUAUCAACUGGUGUUACGAUCAGCUGGACCGUGGCACAUGCUCUUCUUCAUUGUGAUUAUCUUCUUGGGUUCGUUCUACCUUGUAAAUUUGAUCUUGGCCAUUGUCGCCAUGUCGUACGACGAACUCCAGAAGAAGGCCGAAGAGGAAGAGGCCGCCGAGGAAGAAGCGCUUCGGGAGGCUGAGGAAGCGGCUGCAGCAAAGGCGGCCAAACUCGAGGCCCAGCAGGCGGCAGCGGCGGCCGCAGCGAAUCCCGAGAUCGCCAAGAGCCCGUCGGACUUUUCCUGCCAUAGCUACGAGCUGUUCGUCGGCCAGGAGAAGGGCAACGACGACAACAACAAGGAGAAGAUGUCGAUCCGGAGCGAAGGAUUGGAGUCGGUGAGCGAAAUCACAAGAACAACCGCACCAACAGCUACUGCAGCUGGCACUGCAAAAGCCCGUAAAGUGAGCGCGGGGGUCGCGGCAUUCCAGAAGGCUUCACUUUCAUUACCUGGUUCACCAUUUAAUCUUCGUAGAGGAUCUAGAGGAUCACAUCAGUUUACGAUACGUAACGGUAGAGGACGUUUCGUGAUACCCGGUAGCGAUAGGAAACCAUUGGUACUCUCAACAUAUCUCGAUGCACAAGAACAUUUGCCAUAUGCUGAUGACUCGAACGCGGUCACACCGAUGUCGGAGGAAAAUGGUGCAAUCAUCGUUCCAGUAUACUAUGCUAAUUUAGGUUCGCGACAUUCAUCCUACACAUCGCAUCAAUCUCGCAUCUCGUACACAUCACACGGCGACCUGCUCGGUGGCAUGACGAAGGAGAGCCGCCUGCGGAACCGGUCAGCGCGCAACACCAAUCACUCGAUCGUGCCGCCGCCGAACAUGGCGGCCAACAUGUCCUACGCGGACACCAACCACAAGGGGCAGCGAGAUUUUGAUAUGUCACAAGACUGUACAGACGAAGCUGGAAAAAUAAAACACAACGACAAUCCUUUCAUCGAGCCCUCUCAAACCCAAACCGUAGUAGAUAUGAAAGAUGUGAUGGUGUUAAACGAUAUCAUCGAGCAAGCUGCUGGUCGGCAUAGUAGAGCUAGUGAUCACGGAGUCUCUGUUUACUACUUCCCCACAGAGGACGACGACGAGGACGGUCCGACGUUCAAAGACAAGGCGCUCGAGUUCCUGAUGCGGAUGAUCGACGUGUUCUGCGUGUGGGACUGCUGCUGGGUGUGGCUCAAGUUCCAGGAGUGGGUAUCGUUCAUCGUGUUCGAUCCGUUCGUCGAGCUGUUCAUCACGCUCUGCAUCGUGGUCAACACGCUUUUCAUGGCCCUGGAUCACCACGACAUGGAUCCGGACAUGGAAAAGGCCCUCAAGAGUGGUAACUAUUUUUUUACGGCGACCUUCGCGAUCGAGGCGACCAUGAAGCUGAUAGCGAUGAGUCCCAAGUAUUACUUUCAAGAGGGCUGGAACAUUUUUGAUUUCAUCAUCGUGGCACUCUCUCUGCUCGAGCUCGGGUUGGAAGGUGUUCAGGGAUUGUCAGUAUUACGUUCAUUCCGUUUGCUUCGAGUGUUCAAGCUAGCGAAAUCGUGGCCAACGUUGAACUUACUCAUUUCCAUCAUGGGUCGAACGAUGGGUGCGUUAGGUAAUCUGACCUUUGUGCUCUGCAUUAUCAUCUUCAUCUUUGCCGUGAUGGGAAUGCAGCUGUUCGGCAAGAACUACAUCGACAACGUAGAUCGCUUCCCGGACCAUGACCUGCCGCGGUGGAACUUCACCGAUUUCAUGCAUUCUUUCAUGAUUGUGUUCCGAGUUCUGUGCGGAGAGUGGAUCGAAUCGAUGUGGGACUGCAUGCUGGUGGGCGACGUGUCCUGCAUUCCGUUCUUCUUGGCCACCGUAGUGAUAGGAAAUUUAGUAGUACUUAAUCUUUUCUUAGCCUUGCUUUUGUCCAAUUUCGGUUCAUCGAGUCUGUCGGCGCCAACGGCCGACAACGAAACGAACAAGAUCGCCGAGGCGUUCAAUCGGAUAUCGCGUUUCUCCAACUGGAUCAAGCUGAACAUCGCCAACGCACUCAAGUUCGUGAAAAACAAGUUAACAAGCCAAAUUGCGUCCGUGCAGCCCGCAGGUGAGCAGCACAAUCAUCUCAGUUGGAUAUGGAACGAAGGCAAAGGGGUAUGUCCAUGUAUAUCUGCAGAGCAUGGUGAAAAUGAGCUGGAAUUAACUCCAGAUGACAUACUGGCCGACGGGCUGCUGAAAAAGUGCGUCAAGGAGCACAACCAGCUGGAGGUGGCCAUCGGAGACGGGAUGGAGUUUACGAUACACGGCGACCUCAAGAACAAGGGCAAGAAAAACAAACAGCUGAUGAACAACUCCAAGGUGAUAGGUCAAGAUAAUAAAUUAGAGCACGAACUGAAUCACAGAGGCAUGUCCUUGCAGGACGAUGAUACUGCCAGUAUAAAGUCCUAUGGCAGUCACAAAAAUCGACCCUUCAAAGACGAAAGCCAUAAGGGCAGUGCUGAGACCAUGGAGGGUGAGGAGAAGCGUGACGUUAGCAAAGAGGAUCUAGGAAUUGACGAAGAACUAGACGAUGACUGCGAGGGUGAGGAGGGUCCACUGGACGGCGAGUUGAUCAUCCACGCGGACGAAGAUGAGGUGAUCGAAGACUCGCCAGCGGAUUGCUGUCCGGACAAUUGCUACAAGAGGUUCCCCGUUCUGGCGGGCGAUGACGACGCGCCAUUCUGGCAGGGCUGGGCUAACCUUCGGCUCAAAACGUUCCAGCUGAUCGAGAACAAAUACUUUGAGACAGCCGUCAUCACGAUGAUUCUGCUGAGUAGUUUAGCCCUGGCCCUCGAAGACGUGCAUCUUCCACAUCGACCAAUCCUGCAGGACGUCCUGUACUACAUGGACAGGAUAUUCACGGUGAUAUUUUUUCUAGAGAUGUUGAUCAAGUGGUUAGCUCUAGGAUUUAGAGUGUACUUUACGAACGCGUGGUGUUGGCUUGAUUUCGUCAUCGUCAUGCUAUCGCUAAUAAACCUGACCGCGAUCAUGGUUGGCGCAGCGGACAUUCCAGCGUUCCGUUCGAUGCGUACCCUGAGGGCGCUGCGCCCUCUACGAGCCGUCUCUCGCUGGGAGGGCAUGAGAGUCGUCGUCAAUGCAUUGGUACAAGCUAUACCGUCCAUCUUCAACGUGCUCUUGGUUUGCUUGAUCUUUUGGUUGAUUUUCGCCAUUAUGGGUGUGCAGCUGUUCGCCGGCAAGUACUUCAAGUGUGUCGACCAAAACAAGACGACACUGUCGCACGAGAUCAUCCCGGACGUGAACGCGUGCAAGGCGGAGAACUACACGUGGGAGAAUUCACCGAUGAACUUCGACCACGUGGGGAAAGCGUACCUCUGUCUGUUCCAGGUUGCCACGUUCAAGGGCUGGAUCCAGAUCAUGAACGAUGCGAUCGACUCGCGAGACGUCGGUAAGCAGCCGAUCCGCGAGACCAACAUCUACAUGUACCUUUACUUCGUGUUCUUCAUCAUCUUUGGAUCGUUUUUCACCCUCAACCUGUUCAUCGGUGUCAUCAUCGACAACUUCAACGAGCAGAAGAAGAAGGCCGGCGGUUCGCUGGAGAUGUUCAUGACGGAGGAUCAGAAGAAGUACUACAACGCCAUGAAGAAGAUGGGCUCGAAGAAGCCACUGAAGGCCAUUCCUCGGCCUAGGUGGAGACCACAAGCAAUAGUAUUCGAAAUAGUUACCAAUAAGAAGUUCGACAUGAUCAUCAUGUUGUUCAUCGGCUUCAACAUGUUGACGAUGACGCUCGAUCACUACAAGCAGACGGACACGUUCAGCGCGGUGCUGGACUACCUCAACAUGAUCUUCAUCUGCAUCUUCAGUAGCGAGUGUCUGAUGAAGAUAUUCGCCCUGCGGUACCACUACUUUAUCGAGCCGUGGAACCUGUUCGAUUUCGUCGUCGUCAUUCUGUCCAUCUUAGGUCUCGUACUGAGCGAUCUCAUCGAGAAGUACUUCGUGUCCCCCACGUUGCUUCGAGUCGUGCGAGUGGCAAAGGUCGGUCGUGUACUGCGUCUGGUGAAGGGUGCCAAGGGUAUCCGAACACUGCUGUUUGCGCUGGCCAUGUCCCUGCCGGCACUGUUCAACAUCUGUCUGCUGCUGUUUCUGGUGAUGUUCAUCUUCGCCAUCUUCGGCAUGUCGUUCUUCAUGCACGUGAAGGACAAGAGCGGCCUGGACGAUGUGUACAACUUCAAGACCUUCGGCCAGAGUAUGAUACUGCUGUUUCAGAUGUCCACGUCGGCCGGUUGGGACGGUGUGCUGGAUGGUAUCAUCAACGAGGAAGAAUGCCUCCCACCGAAUAACGACGCGGGCUACCCGGGCAACUGCGGGUCGGCGACGAUCGGCAUCACGUACUUACUGGCGUAUCUUGUUAUUAGUUUUUUGAUCGUUAUCAACAUGUACAUCGCUGUCAUUCUCGAGAAUUACUCGCAGGCCACGGAGGACGUGCAGGAGGGUCUAACGGAUGAUGACUACGAUAUGUACUACGAAAUCUGGCAGCAGUUCGAUCCGGACGGCACGCAGUACAUCCGGCACGAUCAGUUGUCGGACUUUUUGGAUGUGCUCGAGCCCCCGUUACAGAUCCACAAACCGAACAAGUACAAGAUCAUCUCGAUGGACAUUCCAAUCUGUCGAGGAGAUAUGAUGUUCUGCGUGGAUAUUUUGGACGCACUCACGAAGGAUUUCUUCGCGCGCAAGGGUAAUCCAAUUGAGGAGUCCGCCGAGCUGGGUGAAGUUCAGCAACGGCCGGACGAGGUGGGCUACGAGCCAGUGUCUUCGACGCUGUGGCGCCAGCGGGAAGAGUAUUGUGCCAGGCUGAUACAGCACGCCUGGCGGAAGCACAAAGAGCGCCAAGGAGGCGGCGGUGGUGGUGACGGCACCGGAGAUGACACCGACGCCAAUGCCUGUGAUAAUGACGAGGAAGAGGAUGGCGGCGGUGGUAUUGGUGGUGUCGGUGGUAAUAGUGGAUUAGUUGGUAGUGGUAGUAUCGGUGGCGGUGGCGGAGGAACAACGCCCGGUUCCGGCGGUGGAGGCGGUAGCGGUUCUCAGACUAAUCUAGGAAUAGUGGAACACAAUCAAUCACCAAAGGAAUCGCCCGAUGGCAGCAAUGAUACUCAAGGCCGUCAAACGGCCGUCCUAGUAGAAAGUGAUGGAUUUGUAACUAAAAACGGCCACCGUGUCGUGAUACACUCACGAUCGCCAAGUAUAACAUCACGAUCGGCGGAUGUCUGAGCCAGGCCUCGCCCCCCUCUCUCUGAUUCAGAUUCAGAAGCACGACAGAAAUAAUAUUUAAGGAAAUCAGAAUACUAAAAUACCAAAAACAAAACAAAAAAAACAGAAAAUAUUUAUUCCAUAAUGAAAGGGAAAAGCCGACUGCCAUAUAAUAAAUUUAAUUAUUUAAAGAAAAAACUUUAAUCGCAUAGGGGAUAAAUCCAGUGGACAUGAACAUCACACGUGUGAGAAAAACGAACGAAGCGGAGUUAGAUCCUGCAGACAAACCAAAAAACUCGAAAUCUCAUGAACAGCUCGAACAACGCCGCAAGGGAAGCGCCCACAAAACAGCAAUAAAGAGGAUCUCUGAAGGACACUUAAAAAACCACCUCAGUUGCCGGGACUGUUUACCUUUCAGUUAUCCAAAAUGUUUCGUCCAGUAUGACAUUUCUAUGUUCUGUACAAGUUUUGCAACAACAACACGAAAAUCGAAUGGUGCUGGGACCUUACCGAUAUCGAACACAAAGAACACAUAGUGAAGAGGAACAAUACGAAGAAUAAAAAAUCCAUUUACAAGUGGUAGUUGAAAACAAGAACAAUAAACAUACGACAACAACAAACAGAAGAAGAAAAAAACUGAACCAAACACAGAGUGAAAAAUAGUGAGAAGCAAAACAGAAAUAAUUGAAGUGAAAAUAAUGAAAAACUGUACAAAACAAAAUGAACAAACAAACAGAAAAAAUAUCAAAGUGUGAUAUGUAAAUAGCGAAUCUCAACAGAAAACAAGCCAAUAUCAGUACAGUUUUCUACGGGAGCAGAAGAAGAAAAUCUGCAGCGAAGACGGAACAUUAAAGUUAGUGUGUGAAAACAGCAAAACAGUGUGAUUGAAGCGACUAUAUCAGGCACACUGCAACAUUCGAGGAAUCAACUAUUUAACAAUGGAAUACUUCAGUUAUGGAACCUGUUUUGAUUAGCGUUCGAAAGGAUUUUGGUUUCCGUUUUUUUUUGUAGUUUUAAGUUCGAUCCACAACAAUGGAUGAUAACACACGAUGGCUAACUGGAGGGAAAUUGUGAGCUGAGUGAGAAAAAAGAGACGAAAACUCAUUUCCAGUGAAGGAAAGUGAAAUAAUACACAUAGCUGACGCAAAAGAAAACUAAACAAACGGUUGAGUUGAUGAGAAACAAUCUUAAGAAAGCGCGCAUUUAGCUGGACAGAAACAAAAACAGAGAGAGAAAGAAAUAACAACAGCAAAACCCAACAGCUGCGAUACAAGCACACAGACACACACACACACACAAAUGUGAAUAAAGUGAGAUUAAUAAAAAAAUAAAUAUAUUAUAUUGGCUAAAGCAAGAACAUUCAAGUCAUCAUGUGCAUUUUUAUUUUUUAUUUUUCUACAAAGCAAGUAAAAGAUGAAAAUAACAAAAAAAAUCAAACCUUCAAAAGACAACGGCAUUGCUGCGAUAAUAUUAAGGCUUUUUAUAUUAUUGAUAAGAGAAUAAAAAUGAAAAUCGCACAGGUUUUGUUGUUGAAUUGCAAAUAGAACAGCAAAACCAACACAACAAAGGAGGAUUUAUAAACAGACAACAACAAAAAACACAAGCGACAAGAACAACAAAACAGCUGAAAAAAUCAUUAUCAAUAUGUUUCUGCGUGCAAUAAAUGAAAGUACUGUAAUUAUUAUAUAAUACAUACUAAUUUGUAAAUCAAACGCGAGGGGUUGGGGCGAGCCUUUAAUUAAUACUAAGAAACAACACUAGUCAAGCUUUUCAAAUAUUGUCAUUAAUAAAUAACAUAAUUAAUUAAAUUUAACAGAAAAAAAUAAAAAGCUAAUUGUAAGUAAGCUAAGUAACAAUUUUUUCGAACAUUGUGUCACAAAGUAAUGUUCGGCAAAUCAAAAGAGGAAAAAAAAACAAAACACAAAAAAAGCAAACCAGCGCGAUCUAUUUUUUAUCAAAUUCCCUCACACCUUCUCAUAUGCAUAUAUAUACAAGGCAUAGACAAACACACUCACACUAUCACACACACAUUGACACAUUUGAGACGAACAAACAAACAGUUUCCUUUAACAAACCGCUAUGUGCAUGUUUUUCGAAUUAACAGAAACGAUUUACGAUUUGAAAUACGGUGUUUUUUUUCGUGGAGAGCCGCACACAAUCCCGCCAAUGAGUGCGAACGAAAGUACGAGAAGCGCCGAAGAGCGCGCAUGAGAACGCGUUUUCCUCUCAUUCUCGUAUGCCCUCCCUCUCACAACACCCGCGAACACACAUACCAGCAGCUACAUUUGACACAUAGCUGCAGCUUUUUGUUGAGGGUAGCGCGAAGGGAAAGGAACCAAACACUCACACACACAGUUUUACAUUUUUAGCUAUACACACAAUCUCUCUCACACACACACGCGCGCAUAAAAUGUAAAAUAUAACAAACGAUGGAAAAAUUAACAAUAAUUCGAAUUCAAACAAGGUAAAUGUUUGAAGAAAUAAGAAAAAACGCACGCUAUCACACACACACUCACACACACACACACACACACACGAUUAGCGAAAGAGGAGAGCAAAAAAAGAAAUAUCGCCGAGCAAAUGAUAUGAUAAUAUUUUUUACGAAAGAAAAAGUUUAUCUAUGAUGCCGAAUAGGGUAUGGAAGGUGGAAUAUAGCGAAACAAAACAAAAAAGGAACUAUUUUUAAUUGGUAUAUUUUUUAAAACACAUUAUUCAGUAGUCAUAUUUAGUGCAGAGACGCGAUGCUGAAAGCAUCUCCGGAUGUGUAGCCAUUUUUCACUGUUCAGUUACUCAAAGGACAUAUUAACUGAAGCAAACAAAAAAAACUGAACGAACAAGAUAGACAUUUGAAGAAGCAACAAAAAAAGCGCGCGAACGAGAGAAGAAAAUUAGAAUAGCUCAGAUAUCUCAUUUUAGGUUAUUAUUUGUCAUCCAGAUUAGUGUGUAGGCCAGAGCGGGUUUUUUUGGCGCGUAAUGCUUCAUGAAAGCAACAGCAGCAGCAACGGAAAAAGAGGGAGACACGAGACCCGAGAAAGAUGAAAGAGAACAGAAACAAAACCAUACCAAAGAUUAACCUAUAAAGAGCGACUAGUUAGAUAACUAACCGAAGAAAAACAUUUAAAAAAACAAAAACGUUGAAAAAUGGGGAAUGCGCGGAAAGGAAGAGCCAUAUUUUUUCAUGCUUCGUCGAUAUGAAAUUGUUUCUUGCCAUGCAACACGUUGAACACGGACCCGGAAGAGCAGCGAUACGAAUUCUAGGAAACCAAACAAAGAAAUAAAGAACCUCGCUUGAAGUCACGCGCAAUCACGCAAUCCUCACAAUCUUCUCAUCGCCACGCCAUUACGUCUUUAAGCAACAAAACAAAACAAAAAAAAACCGCCGCGCAACAGACGCCAUUCAUUCGUCCGACUUUUUUGCACGUACACACACACAUUAACACAAAACGCGCUAGUACUCAUACACGCAUGCUUAUUGAGAAACGAUGAUAUUAAAGUUUAAUCAUACACACACACGCAUACCAGAGAAUUAAGGUAUAAAAAAUAUACAUUUGUACUAAACAAUUUAAAACUAUUAAAGGUAAUGACACAAGAAACAAAAAACAUGCUUAUAAAGUAAAAACAAAAAAAAAGUAUUAAUGUAAAAUCGAUGGGAGCGCCGAUCCCCUUUGUCCACAAAGAAACAACAAUUUCAGUGCCUUUUUUCAAGAGUGUAUGAUGAAAAAAAAAACAACCAGUUUAAAGAAAAUUUAUGCGCAAACAUACAUAGAAUGCAGUAAAUUUGAUUUGCGAGUGUAUAUCUUAAAAAAAACUAAAAGCAAACCAAAACAUAUAUAUAACAAACAAAGCAUACUUCGGAUAAAGAGAAGCUUAACCCAUGAGUGUGCGUGCAUUUGCGCGCAUUCGAUUUAAACACUAGAAGAUAAUCCGAGUUCUGCUUUCUCCCCGUCGUGACGGAUAGCGGGAACUCAUGCCAAACUCCAAACUCACUUUCCAAAGCCCGAGCUCGAGCAAAAUGACAGAGAGAGAAAGCGAGGAAGAGAGAGAACGGAGUAUGGUAACAAAAAAAAAAGAAAUCUAAAAAUUGGUAAUAUAUUUCUCUUGAUUUUAGCUUAGCUUGGUAGGAACCAAACCAAAUCAAAUAAUCACUAGAUGUUUUUUUCUCUCAAAUCCGCCAAUGUAUGCUUCACGCUAAAUUAAAACAUAACAAUAAGAAGUAGAAGAAGAUGAGACAAGCAACAAACAAACAUACAAACAAAAAAAGCAAAUAUACGAGAGUAGCAGAUAAAACGCAAACAAAAAAUAUGAUCGAUCCGAGAAAUGGAUGCGCUCAAAAUCAAUCAGGCGAUCGCAACAAAACAAUAAACUGUCCAAGAAAGCUUCAAGCGAGGUUCUUGGGUUCAUCAUUGAGGAAAGAGUGAGUGGAGACCUAUGUCGGUGCAAAUAGGUGCUAAUUUAAAUACAAUACAAACCCAGACGUGUCAACGGGGUGUCGCGGUUGAAAACAGUGAGUGUUUCGUCGGAACAGGGGUGCCAGGUAAUUUUUGCAAAUGUUUGUUGGCAUGAGCAUCACAUGUCUUGAACAUGAUUAGAACAUUUUUGCGCAGCAAACUAAAACAAAAUACUACGUUUUCGAUCAGAAACAAUGAUGUUCAUAUUCAUUUUUCCACAAAAAAUGUAUUUUUAAAUGUAUUUACAAAAUCGGGCAUCUUCACAGUAAAUCCAAUGACUUCAAAAUGAAGACAUGUUCCAACAUCUGUCAUCUGUCAUCUCAGCAUGGUAUCUGAUAUGAUAGAUGUUUUAUGAACGUCUAUUCCUUUAUAGAGAUACCACCGUUGUAGUGGCAACUCGCCAAAUUCGACCAAAAAUUGACGGAACAUAAUGAAUGGCAAUACACGCAAUAUCAGCAUACCGGCAAACUUGUCCACCAAAAUAAAUUUAUAUCCCUUGGGGACAUCUUCGCAAACCCUGGCUACAUAGAGCUUCUGUUCCGGAAGCUAUUUGAAGUUCAAAUUAACAUAUCGUCCAUAAGAAUUCAUCAAUUGAAUUUGGUAAGUCUGUGGUCUUUUUUUAUUUCCUUCGUCUCGAUUCACUUUUAGUGCUUGACCUGUUUUCUAAUUUGGCACCCUUAAAGAAAGACGUAGUCCUACGUCAAAAAAGACGUCACUCGCUUCUCAUUUUUCAACCAACGUACUUAAAAAGUGACUAGGUAUGCUAUAACGGUCCUCGCGUUAGUGUUAGUAAAUAGCGUGCCAAAUUGCAUGAAUUUGCAUGGAUUUUUUUUGCAAAUUAAUGAGAAAUGAAUAUAUAUAUAUAUAUAUAUAUAUAUAUAUAUAUAUAUAUAUAUAUAUAUA